CAAAGGGCGCGCGCGCUGCGGAUGCCCCGUCUCCCAUCCAUCCACGACUAUUGCGCCUCCCGCGAGCCUUGAUUACGCCCAAAUAAGCUCGUCGACGAUCUACGAGCUGUAAUAAAGCCAAGCUCCCUUCAACCAUGUCGAAGCUCGAAGACGCCGACGAUGCGCUGCAGCAGGGUGUGCGCUUCGCGUCGCAUAACGAGGAGAUCGAGCCAGACGAGACAAUGACGGGUGCGGAAGGAAAGCCAAGGCAAGAUCUUGGCCCCGAUGCCAAAGAAGAGAUGCGCGCUCUUGCUUCGUCGCUGCAGUCCCAGAACCAGAGGCUUCAGUCAGACCGGCUGGAGAACUUCUCCUUCGAGCCCGUUUCUCUGCCGGCGUCAAGGGCCCCGUCUCCUUCUUCCACCGGGCAGCGCACCCCGAUGCCCUACUCCGCUACGGCAUCCCCAAGACCCUCUCCCCCGGCUUCCACCAUGCACUCCCCGCCGCUCACGCCCGCUGCCACCCACUCCAGAGAGAGCCACUCCAGAGACAGCAAGCCGGGCACUGCCGGAGGAGCUAGCUCACGAGCUUCGAGUCUCAUGACACCGGAAGUCUCACCGCCCCACGAUACUGCCCCAACAUCCACAUCCACGACCGAGGAUGACAGGAAGAAGUCCACGGACCGACAACAUCGUGCCAAGCCGGAAGCAGCGGGUACGCCGGCGCAUCCAAAGGAGCCUCCUCGGUUCACCAUCGGGCCCUCUGGAGACUCCCUCCCUGGUUCUGAAGGGGUGAGCCCUUCGCCAUCUCCAAACAGCGCUUCAGGAGCAUCGGCUCCUGGAACCCCAGCAACCCCGCAGUCCCCCGCCAUGAGACCGGCAAUGUCCCCGAGGGGCGAUAGCGAAGACCCGUAUGCAUCGAGCAAGCGUCCUGCUUUUACCACCAGGUCUUCUCUAGAUCCCAGGUUUCUUUUCGGUGGUCGCGAUCCAAGAGGACACGCUUCUGCGUCGUCGUCGACCACCUCACUACCUCGUUCUCGCGGUGGUGAAAAAGAUGGGAAGCGACACACUUUCUUCGGCGGGCAUCACCACAAGAAGCAUGAAGGCGAAAACAACAAAGACGGGGUUCAUCAAUUGGAGAAGAAGCAUGGUUCCAUGACUGAGCUGAAGCGAUUCUUCAAGCUUGGAGCACACAAGAACAAGGACAAGAGCCGUCCCACAUCUCCUUCCGGCUCCUUCAGGAAGAGUGGCAGCAAGAGCGGCACUACCACCCCUGUCUCGAGACCUUCUUCGGUCGCCAUUCCGUUUGCGGAUGAUCAUGGACUGGAGGCCAAGUACGGCAAAUUUGGCAAAGUUCUUGGCUCGGGUGCUGGAGGUUCGGUGCGUAUUAUCAAAAGAAGUAGCGAUGGUACCGUCUUUGCUGUCAAGCAAUUCCGCGCGCGUCACUCGUAUGAGUCAGACAAGGAGUACACGAAGAAGCUCACUGGCGAGUUCUGCAUCGGAUCAACGUUGCACCAUGGUAACAUUAUCGAAACUAUGGACCUGGUGCACGAAAAGGGCAAUUGGUUUGUGGUCAUGGAAUACGCGCCAUAUGAUCUCUUCGCCAUUGUCAUGACUGGCAAGAUGAGCCGCGAAGAGGUCACCUGCAGCACGAUGCAGAUCCUGAGUGGCGUCGUAUACCUCCAUAGUAUGGGUUUGGCUCACAGGGAUUUGAAGUUGGACAACGUGGUGGUCAACGAGCACGGGAUCAUGAAGAUUAUCGAUUUUGGAAGUGCUGCGGUCUUCAGGUAUCCGUUCGAAAAUGACGUAGUGCUCGCGAGUGGCAUUGUCGGCUCGGAUCCCUACCUUGCACCCGAAGUGUACGAUCUCCAAAAAUACGACCCACAGCCAACCGACAUAUGGUCCAUUGCCAUCAUCUUCUGCUGUAUGACAUUGCGCCGUUUUCCUUGGAAGGCACCAAGGGUAUCGGAUAAUUCGUACAAGCUCUUCGUCUCUCCGCCCAACACCGGCGACUGGCCCCAACACACCCAGCCGAGGAGAUCGGGAGAGGUUGGCGGUGUCUCCAAGAGCGUAAUUGACUUGAAGGAGCACGAGAAGACGGGAGCGAAGCGAGGAGUCGAGAGCGAACCGGCCAGCCGGGUCAACAGCCAGGUCGACCCCAAGGACACGGGCAGCAAGCACGAGAACCAGGAGAACGGUCAUUCGACCAAGCCCAACGGGCAUGAGCAAGAUCGCCCGCAUUCUAACCACGAGCACAAGUCGUCAAGGGAUUCGGCAGCCUCGCCGCAAGCCCAGCAGACCAUCAAGGGUCCUUGGCGUCUGCUCAGACUCCUCCCUAGGGAAAGCCGACACAUUAUCGGCAGGAUGCUCGAGAUUGAUCCCAAGAAGCGCGCGACAAUGGAAGAGAUCCUGGAGGAUAAGUGGGUCAAGACGGCCCCCAAAUGUCAGCAGGUGGAAGGCGGCAAGGUGCUCAAGGCCGAGGGCCACACUCACACUCUCGAGCCAGGUAACGCACAGACAGCCGCUGCUACAGGUAACUCAAGCAGAAAGUAAAAGGACGGCGCAAGCCAACAGCGGACACAUAAUAGAAGAUCCG